UUGACAGUUCCCUUUCAAUUUUUCAUGAGCUCGCUCAUGCUCAUUUUAAUUCAAAAAUUUCCUUUUGUGGUGCAACAAGACUUACAAUUAGUUUUGUGCGUGUUCUCAGUGAUCGCGGUUUUAAUUCUGGUUUCUUCUCGUUGUUCUGAGUAAAACUUUCAUCCCAGUGCCUUGGACUGUACUUUCAGUGUAUGUUUUUAUUUGUUUCGUUUCCCAAAACAGCUGACCGAGUUGGCGAAAGCUUUCGAUUCGUGAUAAACCAUGCACCCAAGGGAACCUGAUCAAUAACUUGUGAUAAAGCCGCAGUGCCAAAUAAUUAUUUUUAAGCGUAAAGAUGGACCCCAAGUACUUCGAUAUAGAGAGGGAGCAGAACCCAAGAGAGAAGGCUAACAUCUUCUCACAAUUCUCAUUUUGGUACACCCGCCCAAUAUUCGUGAAAGGCAGAAAAGGACAACUGAGCAUAUCAGACGUAUACAGAUGUUCCCCAGAACACAGGGCAGCCCCUCGCGGGGACGUCAUGGGGCAGAAAUGGAAGGAGGAAUUACAAAAGCAAGGCAAAGGCAAGAAACCCUCGUUAAUCCGGACCAUACUGCGGAUCCAUGGGCUCCGAUUUAUUAUAGGGAACCUUAUUUUGGCGGUAUUCGAAACUAGUUUUAAGUUAAUCAUACCAAUGUGCCUUGAAGGCUUGAUAAACUACUUCUCACCGUCCGCGCCUGCUGUGAGCAAAACACACGCGUAUUUAUACGCUUUGGGGGUAGUCGGCCUUAUGGCCAUAAACGCCACUCUUUUACAUCCAUGGCUAUUGUGGCUCUUAGAAAUGGCGAUAAAAAUACGAGUCGGGUGCUGCUCAUUGAUUUAUAGAAAGUUACUUCGCCUCGAUUUAACCGCCGGUGGUAAAGCGUCCGAAGGCUUAGCGGGCCACGUGGUUAAUUUACUAACCACCGACGCUCAGAGGUUCGAUAUGGCCGCCCUAUUCAUGAUGGACCUCGUCAGGUCGCCUCUGGAGAGCGUGAUCAUCAUAUACUUGAUGUACAGGCAAAUUGGAGUCGCUGCUUUUAUAGGAGUGGCGUUUUUGCUGAUGUUCAUCCCUUUCCAAGGCUAUCUAGGCAAGAUCUCAAGCAGGCUCCGCAGAAAAACGGCCGUCCGGACCGACAACCGAAUCCGGAUGAUGGGCGAAGUGAUUCAGAGCAUCGAAGCCAUCAAAAUGUACGCGUGGGAGAACGCUUUUGCUAGGAUCAUUGGAUUUGCUAGAAAGAAAGAAAUGAACAUAAUCAAAAAGAUGUCAUGGCUGCGGGCGGUCAUGAUAUCGUGCGUCAAAUUAAACACAAAAGUGGCCAUUUUCCUCAGCGUCAUAUCCUUCAUCUCAUUCAAGAACGAACUGACAGCUGCCAAAGUGUAUGUCAUAUUCUGCUACUACGAAAUGCUGAGGUUCAACUUGGUAGACUUUCUGCCGCUUGCAAUAACGUUCACUUUGGAAGCGUACGUCAGUGUUAAGAGAAUGCAAGAGUUUUUGUUGCUCCCUGAGGUCAAUAACCAAGAUGGCGUGGAUCUGGUGACGAUUGAUGACGUCAAAGUUCCAACCACUAAUGGAGUAUUCGAGAAGUUGAUUGGGAAUGGCCAACAGGCAUACAUUAAGUCGGAAAAUAACCUUCAGCAACUGAAGCCCCAAGAUCUGAUAACGAUGAGCAACUACACAGCGCACUGGAAGAAUGUCGACGACGAAUCGUUGGAUGGGAAAGUGGCUGCUCUAUCUGAUAUAAACUUAACGAUAAAACCAGAAACCCUAACAGUAGUGGUGGGCACAGUAGGUUCUGGCAAGUCCACGCUAUUGCAAGCAAUGCUGCGGGAACUGACGCCCACUAGUGGGCAGCUGACUGUAAACGGGAUCAUAGCGUACGCUGCGCAAGACCCGUGGCUGUUUGAAGCUUCGGUGCGUCAAAACAUCCUGUUCGGGCAAGAUAUGAACAUGCAGAGAUACAAACAAGUGAUCAAGUGCUGCCAACUGAAGAGUGACUUGGAGAUAUUACCGCACGGGGACAAGACUGUGGUCGGCGAGAGAGGCGCAUCGCUGUCUGGCGGCCAAAGGGCAAGGAUAUCGCUCGCGAGGUGUGUGUACCAACACGCGGACGUUUAUUUGCUGGACGAUCCGUUAGCUGCAGUCGAUGCGAAGGUAGCACAAGCGAUCUACGAGGACUGCAUCCGUGGCUUCCUCCGGCACAAAGCCACUGUCCUGGUGACGCACCACGUGCAUUACGCCAGGCACGCGGCCACCGUCGCCGCCAUGAGGAAUGGGAAGAUCGUAGCGCAAGGCACUUACCACGAGCUCCAAAACGGAGUGCCAGAAUUCGAGAAACUUCUAGAAGUGUCCGAGAAGAUUGAAGAAGAAAAACAGAAGAAGAACGCUGUUAACUACGAGAACCAGGAGAGCGUGGAACACAACUACAAGAUCCGCUCGCAAAGAUCUAUGUCAGAAGCUUCACAGCUUUCCUUCAACCUGGACUUGGACAACAACUUGAGCCCCAAAUAUGAAGGUGAAAACCAAAACAAAGGCUCAGUAAGCAAGAGCGUAUACAUGGCGUACAUAAAGAGCGGCGGUUCUGUGGGCUCCAUGGCGUCUCUGCUCAUACUCUUCAUAUUGGCCCAAGUCUUCUACUCCGCCACAGACAUAUGGCUAAAGGAAUGGGUAAAUCUAGAAGAAUCUAACACAGCUGAAAUCAAGAAACAGAACUCCACAAUUGAUGGGGCACCUCCGGUGUCAUAUGUGGACUUAUCACUCAAUCACUUCCACCUAACCCGUGAGCAGUGUGUAUACGUAUACGCCAGCCUGAUUCUCAUAUGUAUAUUCUUCACGUGGAAUAAACUAGUGGUCUUCUACAACACAUGUAUUAAAGCGUCUAUUACACUUCACGAUACGAUGUUCAGAGGCGUGACCAGCGCUCCAAUGUGGUUCUUCCACCACAAUCCUUCUGGGCGUAUCCUCAACAGAUUCUCCAAAGAUAUGGGGCAAGUGGACACCUUGCUGCCUGUCGCUUUGGUCGACACUCUUGGGUUCCUCUUCGAAGUGGUAUCCAUACUAGUGGUGGUGUGCCUGGUGAACUGGUGGCUACUGGCCCCUACAGCAGUUCUGCUGAUCAUGCUGGUAGUACUGAGGAGUCUGUUCUUGAGUACUAGUCGGGAACUGAAGAGAAUAGAGGCUAUUGCUCGCAGCCAGUCGCUUAACCACGCAGCCGCCACUGUCAACGGCUUAACAACGAUCCGGUCGACGCGGGAGCAACAACGCACUCUGGCGAGAGAAUUUGACAAACUGCAGGAUCUACAUUCGUCAUCCUGGGCACUAGUACUGAGUACGGCCAGGGCAUUCGGCUGGUGGAUGGACAUGCUUUGCUGUCUGUUCCUGGCUGCGGUCACGUUUAGCUUCUUCCUACUGGUCUCGCGAGACACGACUGGAGGCAACGUCGGCUUAGCCAUCACCCAAGUGAUAGGCCUGGUUGGCAUGUGUCAGUAUGGCAUCCGACAGACGGCUGAGGUGGAGAACCAGAUGACUUCUGUUGAAAGAAUUUUAGAAUACAAGAACCUACCCCCAGAAACUCCAGUGGAGCCAAAUGAAAAGGCUCUGAAGAUGAAUCACCCGGAUUUGGAUCUCUCAAAAUGGCCGUCCAAAGGUGAAAUAGUCUUCGAAAACGUAUCAUUAGAAUACGAGAAACCGCCAAAGAAGGAAAGCAAAGACAAGGAUUCAGACCCCAUACAAGAGGAACCAAUAUACGCCAUUAAAGGCGUGCACUUCACCGUCAAACCGGCUGAGAAGGUGGCCGUGGUGGGAAGGACUGGCGCUGGGAAGAGCUCGCUUAUUAAUGCUUUGUUCAGGUGAGUCAUUUGCAAUUACAUCCUCGUGCAUCCUCGUGCAUCCUCUUGCAUACCAGAGGAACCAGUGGCCGCCAUCAAGGCGUGCACUUCACCGUCAAACCGGCUGAGAAGGUGGCCGUGGUGGGAAGGACUGGCGCUGGGAAGAGCUCGCUUAUUAAUGCUUUGUUCAGGUGAGUCAUUUGCAAUUACAUCCUCGUGCAUCCUCGUGCAUCCUC